GAGUGAAGUCAGGUUUGCCAAUUUACACAGCCAAACACGGCUUACAAGAAAAAAGAAAAGAAAAAGAUUCCUCCCUCUCUUCUGUCUCUCUCUCUCUUCUGCAACAAAAAUGGCGGCAACUUCUAGAAGAUCGUCAAGCGGACCGAUCGUCAGAUCAGUCUCCCCUUCCGACAGAUUAUAUGGAUCUCAGUCUCACUCACGCUCUUCUCCUUCCCCGUACUUCGCCUCCUCCACCUCGACCUUCUCCUCCAGAUCCUCCAGGUUCUUCACGCGCUCAACAUCUCCUACGCGUGUCAACCUGUGCGGAGCCUCUUCCUCCGCGGCGUCCGUACGAUUUUCCAUCGACCGCUCGACCUCUCCCAACCGAUCCAUCUCCGUUUCGCCGCGUCCCGUCGGUGCCAGCAGCGGCCAGGUCGUGAAGCGGCAGGGUCCGAAGAGAACCUGUAUGUGCUCGCCUACCACGCACCCCGGCUCGUUCCGGUGCAGCUUGCACAAGGGAUUCGGCUCGCAGCAAGCGGUGCCGUACUCUCCGAACAGGCUGAACGCCCGGCGAUCGGCCAUGACGAACUCGCUGGUGAGGAUCGGCGGCGUCGAAGGUGAUUUGGUGAAGCGAGCCUUGGCCGCUUUGAUUCGGCCCUCUUCGCACCAGCAGCGCCGGCGAUCCGAUUUCCAGCCGAGGCCGAGCCGGCUCUCCAACAUGUCCAAAGCCGAGGAAUGAUUUAGGGUACGUUGAUCGAUUAAUGUGUUUUGACGGGUCUCUGACGGCGACGGCAACGGCGGCGGCGUCAGAUUCCUCGGCUUUCCUGUCCUUGGAAGAGUCAGAUAACAGCGAAAUGUUUUGUGAUCUGAUCGGGUCGGAUAAGUUGAUGAUUCGGAGCGGACUUGGAUUUUUUUUUGUGUAAUCCGGUGACCGAAAUUCGAUUUGAGGAACUAUGAGACAUACACCUGUCUGUAUAGAUAUAUAAAAUUGCUAUAUGUCAUGGCGGCCAUUGAUGGCGAUUCAACGAA